AUGUCCGCCGAAACCCCCCAACAUGAAUUUGUUGUCAUUCAAGGCAUUCCUGUUCCUCCAGGAGAAAAGCCUGGACUCCGCAAAGAGUUCACGAAAUGGGCAACGGAAAAGCCCGAGGAGAACAUCCAAGUCUCCCUCUUCAUCCGGGCACUCCAGUUGUUGUACAAUGAAGACUACACCAAGACUCUUUCCUACUUCCAGAUAGCCGGUAUCCACGGUUACCCAGGAACCGUUGCCUGGGAUAAUUCUGCCGAGCCUACGCACAAGAGCAGGGAUGAGAAGCAACAUUUUAUCUACUGUACCCACAACUCACUCACUUUUCCCACAUGGCACAGACCUUACAUGGCUCUGUUCGAGCAAACAAUCUACCAGUUCAUGGGCAAAGUAAUUGAAAAGCUACAUUUCAGCAGUGAGGCCGAGAAGAACGUCUGGAUCAAGGAAUCGACUCGGUGGAGACUGCCUUACUGGGACUGGGCCCUCAACACCGAGGUUCCCGACCUGUUCAGGCCAACCACAGUGAAGAUUCGCGCACCUUUGGGGCCAGAUGGCCUACAGUCGGAGCCAGAGAUCGUCCCGAACCCUUUGUACCGAUAUGAGUUGAGGGUAAAGGGGAAAGUGACCAAGAUGGGAGCUUUGCCGGCACCCUUCACUGUCGAUGACGUGGUCUUCGAUGGACAGAGAUUUCCGUGGUCUCGAUGCUCGGGCACAAGCAGAUGGGCCAUCAAGAGCUCUGAUCCCGAUGAAUCUCAAUCUCUAGGUAUCAAUAACUACGAGAACAUCGGCAUUGCCAUCAGAGAGCAUGGUUAUUAUGACCCUUUUCUGAAGCUCAAGGACCCCAAAAAUGUCAAGGAUCUUGAGCAUCUUGAUGAUCCUGUUAGGGAACUAAGAAAGCAUCCCGUCAGCGACUUGGUCUAUCGACUUCUUUCCAACGUCAAAGACUGGGCCUCCUUCUCUUCCACCAUCACCGCCGAAGAGGACAAACCCAAGGACUGGGAACAGUGGAUUUCGCUCGAGUAUAUUCACAAUAACCUCCAUGGUUUCAUUGGGGGCUUCGGCGGCUUCAACGAAGGGAUAGGGCAUAUGAUGAACGUGCCGGCCGCGGCCUUCGACCCUAUCUUCUACAUGCACCAUUGCAACAUUGACCGCCUCUUCGCAAUCUGGCAGGUCUUGCACGAGAACAGUUGGUUCAAGGACAUCAAGGGACCGCCAGCCACCGACUCUCUCACACCUUUCCAUCACAGCCAAGCUGACUACUUCGAUUCCAACCGCGCCCGUACAUGGCUGAAUUUGGGCUAUCAAUAUGACGUGUUGCAGCGUGAUGACCACGAGACAGAUGACAAAUACCUUGAACGCAUCAAUGCCUACGUUGGCAAAACAUACCGCAGCACGGGAAGUGUCCUGCUCGAAGACAAAGGUGAUCUUUUCCAAAAGAACCAAGAUCUCGCAAGUGACGAAAUGUAUGACGACUACAUGAUCAACGUCAGCUAUGACCGCUAUGGUUACAAAAAUGGCGCCCCUUACACGAUUCAUUUUCUGCUUGAGGAUCUUUCCACCCAAGGAACGGCUACUGAGAGCGACACAAGUUCUCCGCGACCUCACCGUCACGUCGGCAGCAUCUUCACUUUCAGUAGCCCUGUCACCAGCGGCGAGGUGCAUACUGCGGGCCAUCCGCGAUGUGGUAACUGCGCACAACAGCUCGAGGAAGGCGUCCUCUCACGGGCCUCUAUCCCGUUGACUAUAUCGCUCUACAAGGAUGCUACCAAUCAGAAGAUUGAUGGAAUCAGAGACCUUGGCCCGGACAAUGUUGAGCCAUAUCUUUGUGAUAGGCUGACCUGGGUGGCCAAAUCGACGGAUGGUUCAACUAUCCCCUGGAGUGAGCUGAACAGGACAAAGGUGUAUGUGUUCAAGGGCAAGGCCAAACACUACACCAAGAUCGGAAGAUUGUCCGUCUACCAAGAUUAUGAGCCUCUGUCUCGUGUGACCCACGGCAAGGAUGCCGGUGCUUCUCACGAGGAGUAUUAG